AUGAGUGGUGUUAAGCGCGUGAAGCUUGGCGGGGAUGGGUUCAUGUCGAAUGUCUGCCCAGACGAAAAUCCGGAUGAUCCCAACCCACUAUCAUUGAUCGAGGAUAUCCAGUUCUGUAUUUCUAAAGUAGUAGACGAUGAUGCAGCUGGUUUCGAUCCCCAAGCUUACACGCGGAGGGGUUAUGAUCCUAAUGUAGUGACUUACACUACUUUGAUAAAGGGUCUUUGUAUGCAAGAACGGGUAGGUCCUGCACUUGAACUGUUCGAGAAAAUGAUUGAACAAGGUAUUCGCCCGAAUGCUGUUACAUUUAACACUCUUAUAUGCGGGUUUUGUAGGAAUGGGGAAGUCUGUUUUGCUUUAGAGUUGCAGAGGAUGAUGGUGGAAUGGAAUUGUAGUCCUAAUGUGAUCACUUAUACUACUCUUAUUCAAGGUCUGUGUAUGCAGGAGAUGAUAGGUCCUGCCUUUAAACUGUUUGGAAAGAUGAUUGAUCAAGGUAUUCAACCUAAUGCUGUUACUUGUGGGUCUAUUAUAUGUGGGCUCUGUAGAAAUGGGGAAGUUGAUUUUGCUCUAGAGUUGCAGAGGAUGAUGGGGAAAUGGAACUGUACUCCUAAUGUGAUCACUUAUACUUCUUUGAUUCAUGGGUUUUGCAAUUCUGGCAAGUUAAAUCAAGCAAUCAAACUCUAUGAAGAGAUGUGUAGUUGGGGAAUCUCACCGAACGCAGUAACACUCACUGUGUUAUUAGAUUCUUCAUGUAAAGAUGGGAGAAUGAAAGAUGCUUGCCAUGUAUUUGAUCUGAUGACCAAGUUAGGAAUGGAGCCUGAUGUAGUAACAUAUAAUUCAUUAAUCAAUGGCUACUGCAGGGGUUGCAGAUUGGAUGAAGCUAUUCAACUCUUUUACAAAAUGGAACAAAAUGGUAUCAAAGCCAACCAAGUUACUUAUAACACCCUAAUUGCUGGACUAUGCCGAGUUGGAAAAGUUAGCACUGCAGGACGCUUAUUUGUCCAUCUACAAAUGGCCAGUGAAAAUGGUGAAGGUGUGUGA